GCUAGUAGCUCAGAGUGCGGACGGCUCCCGUGGUAUCAUACUGCCGUUUGUCUUGACACCUCAAGGGAGCCUGGCUUUGUUGGGAUAAGUCCACAUAACGGUCCCUGUUAUCCAGGGAGUAGGUGUGGCAGAGGUGUGGAACAAGACCUUACGGCUGCCGCUUGUCCAAAGCUGAAAACAUUGGGAAAGUUUCGCCAUGUAAGGGUGUUUCCUGAAACGAUGUUCUGUAUCACGUGAUGAGUAAAGGAGACAGCCCUCCUGACAUUAAUGUCCAAGACAAAUGUGCUCGGGAUGGCCAUCGUAUGUGUCCUCCUCCACCUCCACCUCCACCUCCUCCUCCUCCUCGGUGCCUUGGGUAGCGUCCGGUCCGAAGACCGUGACCCUGAUGCGGAGGACCACGAACCGCGCCGCUACCCCCGCUUCUCCUCGGACAGCACGGUGUUCGAGCACCUGGCGUUGCACCCGGACCCAGCGGUUGGCACGGUGUACGUGGGGGCGCGCGACCGCCUCUUCCAGCUGGACGGCCUGGACGGCCUUCGCCUGGAGCAGGAGGAGCACACGGGCCCCGUGAGGGACAGCAAGGACUGCCUGCCGCCUGUCACUGAGGCCCUGUGUCCACACGCCAGCUACACCAGCAACCACAACAAGCUGCUGCUGGUGGACCCAUACUCCAGGCAGCUCAUCACCUGUGGCAGCGUGCACCAGGGCACCUGCCAGAAGCGCAGCCUGGACUCGGUCAGCCAGGUGCUGUUCGCCGCCGAGCGGCCCGUGGACACGCAGCACGUGGCGGCCAACGACCCGGCCGUGUCCACCGUGGGCCUGGUGGUGAGUCCGCGUCCCGGCCAGCCGCCCGUGCUCUACGUGGGCCGCGGCUACACCAGCAGCCAGCCGCCCAUCUCCACGCGCCACCUGCACGCCGAGCCCGUCUUCUCCUACGAGGAGACCGCCAAGCUCACCGUUGCCGGCCGCCAGUCUGAGUACGACCACCACUUCGUGACGUCCUUCUCCCGCCGAGACCAUGUCUACUUCCUCUUCUACCGCCGGGACCUCAAGGCCGCCUCCAGGGAGUACCGGACGUUUGCGGCGCGGGUGUGUCUGGACGACGCGGCGUACUACUCGUACGUGGAGGUACCCCUGGUGUGCCACUCGGUCUCCACGGGGAAGAACUACAACCUGCUCCAGGCGGCCCACCUGGGCAACACCAGCUCCGGGAGCCAGCUGCUGGUGGGGGUCUUCUCCCCCUGGGUCAGCUCCGCCGUGGGGCCCGGGGACGAGGCCGCACUCUGCUUCUACCAGCUGGACCAGAUCGACCGGCAGAUGGACGAGACGCGAGACUUGUGCUACACUCAGAUGGGCUUCGGGGAGGGCGCCGCUGCCGCAGAGGUGGCGUACAUCGAGUACGACGUCAAGUCCAGCUGUGCCAGCCUGCCUAGGAACACCCUGAAGGCCUACCCGUGUGGUUCAGACCACACCCCCAGCCCCAUGGCCAGCCGUAUGCCCGUGGAGAGCAGAGCAUUGUGGGAUAGCCCCUCUGCUCGCCUCACUGCGGUGGCCGUCAGUGUGCGCGACCAGCACACCAUCGCCUUCCUGGGAGACGCCAAGGGCCAGUUGCACAAGGUGUUUAUUGAUUACGCCACGGGGAAGGCUGAGAGGUAUGCCACCAUGUCCAUCCAGCCCCACUCGCCCAUCAACAGGGACCUGAUCCUGGAUCAGGAGGAGAAGCACCUGCUCAUCAUGACCAGCAACGCAGUGGAGAAGAGACCAGUGUCGGAGUGUGAGGGCCACUCUGACUGCGUGUCCUGCUUAGCCUCUCGAGACCCCUACUGCGGCUGGUGUGUGCUCGAGGGAAGGUGUGGUGUGCGGUCGUCGUGCCAGAGGGGUUCUCUGGAGGGCCAGUGGCUCUGGAGCUUCAGCCCCCAGCAGCAGCAGCAGCAGCAGCAGGCAGCCUGCCUCAGCGUCUCCUCCCUCAGCCCCCUCAACGCCAGCCACGGAGAGGAGACCACCAUUGUCCUGGAGGUUCCUGGUCUGCCGAGUCUGUCUGAGGGGGAGGCCUACAGCUGUGUGUUUCAGGAUACUGAGACUCCCGCCACCGUCCAGGGCACCAGCGUCACCUGCCUGACCCCACAUGCCACCAGAGCUCCAAUCAUCAGCCACGGAAAUGAUUCGGUCACGGUGCCCCUCUCCCUGCGCUUCCUCAACAUCACGGUAGCCAGCCAAGUCUUCACUUUCUACGACUGCGGCCGCGUCCAGCAGCUCUCCCUCACCAAGCCGUGCACAGGAUGUGUGAGCAGUCGCUGGAGUUGCAACUGGUGUAUACACCAGCACGUUUGCACACACAAGCCAACCUGUAGCGAAGGGGUCAUCAUUUACAAUGAACAUUUCAAACUCCCCACCUCUGGCCCCACCGUCUCCACCCCCACCACCACCACCAAUAAAGCCGUCAAUAGAUUAGCAUCGACCACGCAAAGUCCUUCAGUUCCGACCACAGCCAUCCACUUAGCGACUGCAGCAUCGCUGGCCACUGAGGCACCAGCAUCAUCAGUCACUCCUCUACCCACCACCCCUGAGCCUACCGUGGGGCCCACCACCACCACCACCACCACCUCCACCACGCCUCCUCUCAGCUCCACCACCACGGCUACGUUGCCUCCCAUGCUGAACCAAGCCACCACCGUGACCGACGCACCCACCACCACCACCACCAGUCCUCCACCAGGGAGGCCCACCACAGCCAUCAGCUCUGCUGCUGCUGCUGCCAGUGAGGAGGAACUACUAGAGGAAACCGGAGGAGCUGUAGAGGAAGCCAUGAGGACCGGGGCUCAAAACAACUCAGAUGCCGAAAAAGACGAGAAGGAGAACGCGCCCGAGGAAUCUUCUGUCCCGGGUUUUGGAACUACCCCUUCGCCGAGCGUGGUUGUUCAGCCUCCUCUUGACGAAGUGGACGGUGACGUGGUCCCCGUGGGUGAUGAAGUCCUUGCUGAUGUGGCUGAGGCUGCUCUCACCACCCCCAAGACCCGGGUCACUUCCUGGCUGGAUGCCCCAAUGGAGGAGGCCAAUGGGGAGGAGGAAGCCGAUGCUGCUGCUGCUGGGGGUGCAGAUGUGUCAUCCGCAUCCUCAUCUGCCACAGCGCCCUCUGGGGAUGGGGAGGGGGAGGGCAGCCCGCCCGACUUCUCCCAAAACCCAGACAUGAUGGCAGACUAUCAGGCCGACUCGGCUGAGUUUUACCUGCCGGGAGAUGAGGGCUCGUUUGUGAGUGGCGGGGCGUUUGCGUGUCCGUGUGUGGAGAACAUCCAGGGCUCCUCCCUCCUGCCCGUCAACACGGAGAGGAAGAUCACUCUGACCGGGCGCAACCUGCACCUCUACAAGGAUGAGGAGCUGGACUACGAGUGUGUGCUGUCCAUCGAGGGCCAGGCUGUAGUGGUGGACGCCUUCGUGGAGGCAGACGAGGCCCAGUCCUCCCUCUUCUACAUCACCUGCCAACUCCACAAGUACUCCUACGCAGCUGCCCUGGAGGAAUACAGCGCCACCAUAGCAGUCAGGAGGAGGAACACCUUCCACAUGGACAGCAACCACGACCUGCAGGUGACCCUGUACAACUGCUCGGUGGGCCGCUCCGACUGCAGCCGGUGCCACACGGCGGAUGCGAAGUACGGCUGCGUGUGGUGCGGCGGCGCCCAGUCCAGCUGCCUCUACCGGGACUCAUGCGAGGACCACGUCCAGCAGACCUGCCCAGCACCUGUCAUCCACCUGAUUGAGCCUCUGUCGGGGCCGGUGGAGGGGGGCACCACGGUAACCAUCUCGGGCUCCAACCUGGGCCAGAGGGCGGAGGACAUCCAGCACUCUGUCACGCUGGCAGGAGUCCCCUGCACUGUCAUCCCCAGCAGCUACCAGGUCUCAUCCAGGAUUGUGUGCGAGACGAGACCCAGUAAGACGGAACAAAGCGGCCAGGCUUCCGUGAAGGUCAGGAACGGAGGCGUCGGCGAAUCGGCACAGAGGUUCCACUUCCAGGACCCCGAGCUGUCUGAUGUGUUCCCUGUGCGGGGCCCCUUGGCAGGGGGCACCCUGCUGACGGUGGCUGGGCGGAGGCUACGCACCGGACACCUCAGGGAGAUCGCCGUGCAUGUUGGAGGAGUACCCUGCACCAUCUCCUCUGAGGUUCAGGAUGACCGUAUCGAGUGUGUGACGGGCAGCAGCAACCGUACUGGGGAGCAUGCGGUGGUGGUGCGCUUCAAUAGGGCAGAGCGCCAUCUGCAGGCCGUUCCCUUUCAUUACAGCCCCAAUCCCAACGUCACGCUGGCAGGACCCUCCAGGAGCUUCCUCAGUGGCGGGCGGAUGAUCCGUGUGUCAGGACACAACCUGGACGUGGUUCAGGAGCCGAGGAUACGCGUGACACUCGUACCCCUGGAGGCCCAUACUCAGAAGAGGAGGAGGAGGAGGAGCAGGAGGAGGAGGAAGAGUGGCAGUGACAGGCCAGGGGAGGAGGAGGAAGACGACAAAGAUAGCAGGCCUCUCAGGAGGCAGCGCAGGAUCGUACCAGAGCCCGGCUGUCCAGAGGGAGUCUUGUGCACUGUCAAACAGUUUGAAGAGCGCUGCACGAUAAACAGCUCGUCUCUGAUCCUGUGCCGCACCCCCUCGGUGGGGUCGGAGGCCCUGCAGGCCCAGGUGAAGGUGGACUUCCUGUUGGAUAACCUCCACUUCCCCUUCGGGGUCAUCGGAGGGGGCGACGCCUUCAGCUACGAGAGGAACCCCGUCCUGCGGCCGCUCAACCAGCACGACCCCAGCAAACCCUACCGCCACAAGCCUGGCAGCAUCAUCUCGGUGGAGGGUGAGAACUUGGACUUGGCCAUCUUCAAAGAGGAAGUGGUGGCGGUGAUCGGCGAGGGCGUCUGUGCUGUCAAGACUCUGACCCGUAACCACCUGUACUGCGAACCGCCUUCCCAGCAGCCCUCAGCACUCGCAGCCAAGAGGCGGGAGGGCACAGAUGUUCUUCCGGAAUUUACUGUGAGGAUGGGCAACCUGAACUUCUCGCUGGGCCGUGUGCAGUAUGACACGCAGGGCCUGGCCACAUUCCCCCUGGAGGCCCAGGUGGGGGUCGGGGUCGGGGCCUCCAUCGUGGCCCUCAUCGUACUGGUCAUCGUCCUCAUAUACAGGAGGAAGAGCAAGCAGGCUCUGAGGGACUACAAGAAGGUGCAGAUCCAACUGGAGAACCUGGAGACCAGCGUGAGGGACCGCUGCAAGAAGGAGUUCACUGACCUGAUGACGGAGAUGAUGGACCCCACUAGUGACCUGGUGGGUUCUGGGAUCCCCAUCCUGGACUACCGCACGUACGCAGAGAGGAUCUUCUUCCCCGGCCACAAGGAGUCGCCACUGAGGCGGGGGCUGGACGUGCAGGAGUGUCGCCGGGCAACCGUGGAACAGGGCCUAGUGCAGCUCUCCAACCUGCUCAACAGCAAACUCUUCCUCACCAAGUUCAUCCACACCCUAGAGGGCCAGCGUACCUUCUCCCCGCGUGACCGGGCCUACGUGGCCUCGCUCCUGACGGUGGCGCUACACGGGAAGCUGGAGUACUACACAGACAUCCUCAAGACACUACUCAACGACCUGGUGGAACAGUACACCGCCAAGAACCCCAAACUCAUGCUCAGGAGGACGGAGUCUGUGGUUGAGAAGCUGCUGACCAACUGGAUGUCUAUCUGCCUCUACACAUUCCUCAGGGACUCGGCGGGGGAGCCCCUGUACAUGCUGUUCAGAGCCAUAAAGCACCAGGUGGAUAAGGGCCCGGUGGACGCCGUGACAGGCAAGGCCAAAUACACACUCAACGACAACCGCCUACUACGCGAAGACGUGGAGUACAAGACACUGACUCUGAAUGUGCUGGUGCCGGGGGCGGGGGCCAACGAGACCCAGACGGUGCCCACUAAGGUGCUGGACUGUGACACCAUCACGCAGGUGAAGGAGAAGGCCCUGGAGCAGACCUGGAAGGGAACCUCCUACUCCCUCAGGCCCUCUACCGACUCUGUACACCUGGAGUGGCGGGCGGGGAUGGCAGGUCACCUGAUCCUGUCAGACGAGGACCUGACGUCCGUGGUGCAGGGGACCUGGAAACGCCUCAACACACUACAACACUACAAGGUUCCUGAUGGAGCUACGGUGACGCUGGUGCCUCGCCACUCUAAACACAUUCACCAUGACAGCCACGACUACAUGCCUGGAGAGAAGACGCCGAUGCUUGAGGACGGUGAUGAGGGUGGCAUCCGGCUCUGGCACCUUGUGAAGGCCAGCGAGGAGGCGGAGCUCCCCAAGCAUCGCCGUGGCAGCCUGAGAGAGAGGGAGAGAGAGAGGGCCAAGGCCAUACCAGAGAUCUACCUCACAAGACUACUCUCCAUGAAGGGGACUCUUCAGAAGUUUGUGGAUGACCUGUUCACGGUGAUCCUGAGCACCAGUCGUCCUGUGCCCCUGGCUGUAAAGUACUUCUUUGACCUGCUGGAUGAGCAGGCCCUGCAGCACGGCAUCCAAGACCCAGAGACCGUCCACAUCUGGAAGACCAACAGCUUGCCUCUGAGGUUCUGGAUCAACAUCCUGAAGAAUCCUCAUUUCAUAUUUGACGUGCACACCUCUGAUAACGUGGACGCUGUGCUGUCCGUUAUCGCACAGACCUUCAUGGACUCCUGCACCAUCGCAGACCACAAACUCGGAAGGGAUUCCCCCAUUAACAAGUUGCUGUAUGCCAGAGACAUCCCGCGCUACAAGCAGAUGGUGGAGAGGUAUUAUGCGGACAUCCGGCAAACGAUUUCGGCCAGUGAUCAGGAGAUGAAUUCUGCGCUUGCUGAGUUGUCGAGAAAUUACUCUGGAGAUGUAAACUGCCUUGUGGCCCUGCACGAGCUGUACAAGUACAUCAACAAAUACUAUGACCAGAUCAUCAGUGCACUGGAGGAGGACCCCACGGCCCAGAAGAUGCAACUCGGCUACAGGCUGCAGCAGAUCGCCGCCGCUGUGGAGAACAAAGUCACCGACCUAUGACCUAUGACCUAUGACUCACGACCCACAACCUUUGAGAUGUGACCGCACAACACACUGGACACCAACCACCCAUCCAUCCAACCAACCAACACCCUCCCUGGGACUAUGACUCCAGACUGGCUGCCUUCCACAGGGCAAGGAGAACUGAAGGACUCUGAAGGACUUAAUUUGAGAGUUGGGCCCACUCUGGGGGAUGGAUGGAGGAUUGGGUGGAUGAAUGAUGAUGAUUACUGUAGAAUUUGACCUCCACUCGAGGCGAGAGAUUUUUUUUCCGGAAUACAGGGGACAGGAGCUGAUGGGGAUGGAGCAGUGAGAGAUGGAUAUUGGGAGGAAGAGGAAAGGCCAGGAGCUUUCACCGUUUCCUUUUCAAUCUGUUAAAUCCAUGGAACUUAUGAAACCCCAACAGCAAUUUGAGAAGAACUUGAGCUUGCCAACACUACCCUCUUCGUGACGUCAUACCCUUUUUUUCUGGAUUCUGCUGAUGUUGCUUGUUAUUGUUCUUGCAUUGUUUUGGGCAUUCCUACCCGUAUGAGAUCAUCAGCUUGUGCAGACGUGUACUAUGGACCCAUGGAGCCUACUGUUACCGAGGGAACACCCCUCUGGAUGAGAGACUUGUUGGUGUGAUAGGACUCAAUAAUGAUGGACAGCACUGAAGAUUGGCAGUUACUACAGAGGGGUGUCAUAAUGGCACAAGAUGUAGUCAGAGAGGUAACGUGUGUGUGUGUGUGUGUGUGUGUG